CUGAGCGGCGCGUCAAGUGCGCCUAAGUUACAACUUCAAUUCCAAUCCCCCCUCGACCAUACACGGCACAUUUUCCAUCUGACAUCCUCUCGCAGGGAUCUUAACAUUACAGCUAUCAUCCACCUUCAGUUCACCGUAUCAACGUCGUAAUGUCCGGACAGACCGAUCCGGAGGCCAUCUCCAACUUCCUUGCAGAGCAACGAGACGAAGCACCCACCGAAUUGCAACAUAUCUUCCUGACAUUCGAAGAUUUGUGGGAAAGAAAGCUAUGGCAUCAGUUGACCGACACUCUGUUAGAAUACUUUUCCAACCCAGAAAGCACGGCGCAAAGAUUACCAAUCUACAACACAUUCAUCAUCAGCUUCGCCGACAAGAUCAAUCAGCUUAAACUAGUCAAAUUGGCCUUGGGUGCUUCCGCGCAAAUCAAAGACGACACCGAGCGAAGCCAGUUCCUCAAAACCCUUGCAUCAAGAGUGGACAAGCCCGACUCUGAAGAAGCCCACGUCUACACGAUCACGGAACUCGGCAGUGUCUAUCUACGAUUAGGUGAAAAGUCAAAAGCUAGGGAACAGCUGGACAAAGCGCAGAAGACUCUCGAUCAAUUCGACUUUGUGGAAAAUGUUGUCCAUGCUGCCUUCUACCGUGUCAAUGCCGACUAUUCCAAAGCUGAGGGCGACUACACCUCCUACUACCGCAAUUCCCUCCUGUAUCUUGCCUGCAUAGAAGAUUCGGACUUGACGCCAGAGCAACGGCAACAUAGAGCAUACGACUUGGCAAUUGCUGCCCUUGUCUCGGAUACCAUCUACAAUUUCGGAGAACUAUUACUGCACCCCAUCCUGGACGUCUUGAAACCGCCUCAUCCGCAAUCAUGGCUACGCGAACUGCUGUUUGCUUUUAACCGCGGAGACUUGGCAGCCUUUGAUCGGAUGUCGAACAAUUUGAGCAAGAACGAGAUAUUGGAAUCCCAUCGUCUAUUCUUGUGGCAGAAGAUCAACCUUGCUGCACUUACGGAGCUGGUAUUCAAGCGGCCGCCACAUGAUCGCGCCAUGACCUUCAAGACAAUCAGCCAAGAAACAAAUGUCAAGCCGGAUGAAAUUGAACACCUGAUCAUGAAGGCUUUGAGCUUGGGAUUACUGAGGGGAAAGAUUGAUCAAGUCGCCGGUAUCGCAAAGAUCAACUGGGUGCAGCCCAAGGUUUUGGAGCGAACUCAGAUCGAGGGCAUGCGGCAGCGACUAAAGGAGUGGGAUAGCAAUGUCAAUGACCUGGGUCACUGGAUAGAAGGCGUUGGUAAGGAUGUAUGGGCAUCCUAAAAGGAUCCUCGCCUCCGCAUAGCAUAGCAAUGGCGUUAUGGCGCAGGUCAGUCGCAGAACCACCAACCAUUAGCCUCGUUUACGUCGAAGAUGUAUCGUAGGAGAGCCCUCUUACAUGAGCUCUAUCUAGUUUGUUGAGUUGCAGGUACAUGUUCAACAAAAAUUGCACUGCUUUUAAUCGUG